CGGCUGCUGCUGCUGCUGCUGCUGCGGUGUUGCUUGUGGUAUCUGUAUUGGUGGUCGGUGCGGGUCGUGGCACUUGAUGUACCCGCCCGCUUCCAUGACCUCGCGAUGCCGCUGCGGCAUCGACGCCACCCACUCGUUGAUCCGGCUUUGAGGCACCUUGUCCCACGCCUCCUUGACCGCCUCCCGCAGCGUCUCCUCGUCCCAGACAAUGUGCCCCUUCAGGUGCUCCCGCAGCUCGCGCCAGGCGUCCUCGAUGGGCGACAGGUCCGGGCUGCGCGUGCUGCUCGCGUGGCACCUGAGCUUGUACACCUCGGCCCACUGCUUGACGACCGACUGGUUGAGCACGUGCUUGCGCGCGACGUCCUCCUCGAGCACAAACUUGUCGCCCCGGCGGAUCCACUUCUUGACGUUCUUGGUCAGAAUGUCGUCCAUGUACGCGUUCUGCGUGAUUGCCUGCGAGAUGGCCCCGACGCUCGUGAACCAUACCAGCUCGCUCUUGAAGUCGUGCCCGAUCGCGGCCCACACGUGCAGCCUCGGCGUCGGUUUCUUGCCGCUUCGGCCGACUGCUGCGCCGUCGCCGGUCGACUCUGAAGAAGUAGCAGCAGAAGCAGCAGCAGCAGCGGCGGCGGCAGCAGUGGCAUCAGCCUCGACGCAGUCUGGACACUCCUGCUCCCCAU